AUGGGAAGAAGUCAACUUAUUGAUAAUGGAUCGCCCUCGGUACCGUGGUAUUAUGCGGUCUUCACCAAUGCCUGGUUUCAGGUGUUGUUGAUUAGCUUUAUCUGCUUCUGCUGCCCUGGUAUGUUUAAUGCUCUGGGUGGCUUGGGGGGCUCGGGCCAGGUGGACCCUACGGUUGCUGCAAACGCAAACGUAGCUUUGCUCGCGGCAAAUGCUGCCACUGCGCUGUUUGUUGUCGGGCCUAUAUUCUCGAUCAUCGGUCCACGCGCCUGCUGGCUGGUUGGCGGAUGGACCUAUGCGCUUUACAGCGGAAGUUUGCUGGCCUUUAACAUCAUUGCAAAUGGCCCCUUCGUCAUCGUCGCCGGUGGCAUUCUCGGUGUCGGCGCCAGCUUCCUUUGGGUUGCUCAGGGCGCUAUAAUGACAACUUAUGUCCCCGAAGCCCAAAAGGGCCGUGCCAUUGCCGUAUUCUGGAUUGUCUUUAAUAUGGGUGGCACGAUCGGCUCCCUUGCCAGUUUUGGGCUCAAUUUCCACAACGGACGAGGCACUGUAUCCAACAGCACAUAUAUCGCCACGAUGGCCGUUAUGGGGUUUGGAUGGCUGAUCGGCAUCUUUAUCUGCCCCCCAUCCCGUGUCCAGCUCUCCCAACUCCGCGAAGCCGAAUAUAUGGUUAGAGAUCGUUCACUCCGGGCUUUGGGGAAACUGAUCUUCAGUACCAUCUUCCGCCUCCAAGUCGUGUGCAGCCUCCCCUUGUUUUUCUGUGCGAAUCUCUUCUACUCCUAUCAACAGAACGAUGUCAACGGCAAGACAUUUAACAUCCGGACCCGUUCUCUAAAUUCUGCCCUGUACUGGAUGGCACAGAUGUGUGGCGGUCUGCUGAUGGGUGCUCUGAUGGAUCUGAGAUUCCUCAACCGACGACAACGCGCCUGGCUCGGCUGGGUCGUCCUUCUGGUUACUGGUUUGGGUACCUGGGGUGGCGGCUAUGUGUUCCAGAAAUGGGAAGACAAACGAAUAGCAGCCGGUCUUGUGCAGGAUCUCGACUUCACCUCAGCCGACAUUGCCACGGGUCCGAUCUUUCUCUAUAUCUUCUAUGGUCUGUACGAUGCACUCUGGCAGGGAUAUUGCUACUGGCUCAUUGGCAGUAUGUCCAACUCGGCUGCUGUGACGGCUAUCUUGGUCGGGGCAUACAAGUCCUUCCAGGCCACUGGCGGCGCGAUGGCAUGGAGAGUAAACGCACUAAAAACUCCUUCCAUGUCACAGCUGGCGAUGAAUUGGGGGUUGUGCAUUGGGGCACUAAUCAUUGCUAUUCCCGCCGUGCUCUCGGUAACUUUGACAAAUGUUGUGCAACCGGAGCCUGUAGAGCAGCGGCAUAAGGGGAAUGUCAGAGUUGAGGAGUGGGAUAUUGACAUGAAGAGGACCUCUUCAUAG